CCCUGCGCGAGAAAGUCCAAGCCUUGAGACAAGAAUAAGAGCCGUACGGGAGGAGGGGGUGUUGCAGUAGUAAUCAAGCUCAGCAGUAGACAUGAGGUUUCCUGGGCAGAGGGCUGCGCAACUUUGCAGCAUGUAAACAGGGCAACAAAGACUGAAAAAAAUCACAAUAGCACUCAUUUAUCAAAAGCAAAUAUAAACAGCAACUUAUUUUCAACUGAACUACACUUUCACAAGGUUGCCACACAUGGACUAAACUUGCCUCCAGUACCCACAAAACUUCAAAAGCUGGUACCGGUCUGGAAUACACAGUUUCAGCAAAGCGCCAGAGUGAUUUCACUUGAAAGUGGCAGCGGCUUACCGCACCGGUAAGCAUUGGAGCCGUCAACGUACUGCGAGUCACCGGUGUACAGCCUGGACCUGUGCCCCAACAUGAUCGCGGCUCAGGCCAAGCUGGUGUACCAGCUUAACAAAUAUUACAAUGAAAGAUGCCAGGCCAGAAAAGCGGCCAUAGCCAAGACUAUCAGGGAAGUGUGUAAGGUAGUUGCAGAUGUUCUCAAAGAAGUGGAAGUACAAGAGCCCCGGUUCAUCAGUUCUUUGAGCGAGAUCGAUGCAAGAUACGAGGGCUUGGACGUUAUUUCACCCACAGAAUUUGAAGUAGUUCUGUAUCUCAAUCAAAUGGGCGUCUUCAACUUUGUCGAUGACGGUUCUUUGCCCGGUUGUGCAGUCCUAAAGCUUAGUGACGGCCGAAAGAGAAGCAUGUCCCUGUGGGUGGAAUUCAUCACUGCAUCUGGGUACCUUUCUGCCCGCAAGAUCAGGUCCAGAUUUCAAACUUUAGUGGCCCAGGCCGUAGACAAAUGCAGUUACAGAGACGUUGUGAAGAUGAUUGCAGACACCAGCGAAGUGAAACUGCGUAUCAGAGAGAGGUAUGUGGUCCAAAUCACUCCUGCAUUUAAAUGCACUGGUAUCUGGCCCCGGAGUGCCGCACAGUGGCCCAUGCCCCACAUCCCGUGGCCAGGACCCAACCGGGUGGCUGAAGUAAAAGCAGAAGGUUUCAACCUCCUAUCCAAGGAGUGUUACUCUCUGAUGGGCAAACAAAGCUCUGCUGAAAGCGAUGCCUGGGUGCUGCAGUUUGCUGAGGCCGAAAACAGGCUACUACUGGGAGGCUGCCGAAACAAAUGCCUCUCCAUCCUCAAGACUUUGCGGGACCGUCACCUGGAGUUGCCGGGGCAGCCCCUCAAUAAUUAUCACAUGAAAACAUUGCUACUGUACGAGUGUGAGAAGCACCCAAGGGAAACAGACUGGGACGAGUCCUGCCUAGGAGACAGGCUAAACGGCAUUCUUCUGCAGCUCAUCUCCUGCUUACAGUGUCGCCGCUGUCCACAUUACUUCCUGCCCAAUUUGGACCUUUUCCAAGGCAAGCCCCACUCAGCCCUGGAGAGUGCGGCCAAACAGACCUGGAGACUGGCGCGAGAAAUCCUCACCAACCCCAAAAGUUUGGACAAAUUAUAGGGACUGUCACAUCUGACAAAACUUGAACUUAGAACUUUUGCAUUGAUCACUUCAUUGCACAUUUAUACGAGUGAUCUUUCUUCCAAGCAAUGUGAACUUCAAAACUUUGUUUUUUUUUAAAGGAGCAAUCGGACUUAAGGAAUGAAACCCAAGGUACAUUUCCGACUAAAUGUAGUCUUUUUUGUUGAAUGUUGUCACCAAGUGAACAAAUAUUUAAUUAUAUAUACAAAAUAUUCUCUAAAAACCUUACUGAUGUUAAAUGUAUUUCAGUGCCAACUUAAAAUGUGCCCAGAAAAUUGAUUUGUUGAACAAGUAAUAAAUCAUUUGCAUUUA